CCGAAUGGGAAGGUCGUGUUUCGUGCUGCGCUAUCGUAGCGUACACAACAAAGUUUGUGAACGGAAACUAAAAUUCAGUUUGCUUUGAGUUCGCAGACGACAUCAAGACUGUUUGUUUGCAUUGAUGUGCGUUUCUUUUAUAAUAAGAAUCUAAUUAUACACACGAAGACAAUGGCUAAAUUUGUACUGCAGAAUGCGUGCUAUAUCAUUAUCUUUACAUUAUGCGUAGAUCGAGGCGAUGGCCAUUGGAAGGAAAAUACCAAGGAAAAUCUACGACGCGACAUAAAUUCAUAUAAAAGGAUGGCAGAAAAAAUCGAGCGUGAGAUAGAGGCCUUUUACGAUGAAUAUCCAGGGGAGCAACUUGAAGAUAAUAUUGACACAAUACAUUACCAGCAUAGAGCAAACACGCUUCAUAGUGGCGCUAAAACGAACAAAGUUAAAGCAAAAAAUGUGGAAGAACUUAUCGUUUUGUCUACUAAUGCUACAAAUCUAGACACGCCAAUCGACAAAAAUGAAUCAACAACAGCAGCAAAUGAAGCUAAAUGGCCAAAAUUCGAAGAGAUACUUCUAGCGAUGGGCAAGAAAUAUGACUGGAAGAAUGACAGGUGGAUAAAAGUCAAAGUCAAAGAUAAAAUGAAAAAUAUUGACGAAAGAGACUACAAAAAUAGAUCAAAAGAUAAUGAAAUAAAUUUGGUUCAUGAAAAACACAAAUUUUAUUAUAAAUUUGUAAAAUUAAAUAGAAGUAAGAACAGGAGAAGCGUCGUGGUGGCCGUAUCAGCUGUAAGAUAGGUGCAAAUUGAAACACAUAAGAAUAUAUUUUUUGUAAGAUACGGGACCAACCGGGGUAUUAAACGACGUUUGACUACACCGCCGGGGUGGAAAUGAAAGCGUUUAUAAAAACGAUGAGUGCUUAAUAAAUAUUACCCCAUACAAUGCCUCAUUCUCCAGAAUGAAUAUCUUAAUAGAACGCCUGUAGAUAUCAUUAAAUAUACAGUUAUCUGUUAAAUGUUUCAGUAGCUCAAUAGAAUUAUUUUUAUUAAAACAAUUAAAAUACGGUAACGUAAACAAAAGUUUUGAAUUCAAUGGAUCUUAAGUGAACAAACUAUCUUGAGGCGUUAGACAAUAGCCACUAAUAGCCCUUGUUAGUUGAAAAGUUUGUAUUACUGUAUUUCUCACAAUGCCGCUAUAGAUCUUGUUUCACGACUGGAAAUGUUAUAAAUAUCAAGUUUCACGCUGGUUUAAGACGAAUGGUUGAUAAAUAAAGAUCGUCAACUAU